AGUAGAGGUUAAACGCAAACAAACGAUGGAUGAAAGGCAAAUUAUUUAAGGAUAAUCACAAAACAUAAUUUGAAUGUUUGAUUGACACAUUUAAAUUACAAUUUAUCGCCAUGUCUGGCACGAAAAGGAGGACCCUGACAAUCGGUGAAAAAAUAGAAAUAAUUAGUGCCAUUGAACAAGGUACAAGUAAUUCCUCAAUAUCAAAGAGAUUGAACCUGAGCUCAUCAACGAUCUCCACUAUUUGGAAGAAGAAGGACAUUAUCAUAAAUGCCUUUGAGAAGAACAAAUGUAACCUGAAGAAGUUACGAACCACUGAAAAAAAUGAUUUAGAAGAGGCUUUACUCAGUUGGUUCAAGAUACAAAAAGAAGAUAAUAUGCCCAUCAGCGCGACGACGUUCAAACAGCAUGCAGAAUCCUUGGCCUCAGAACUUGGAUCUACUGGGGAAGUAGUUGUGGAGUCUGUAAUCCCUGAUAAUAUGAUACUGAGAGAUGAACCAACUCACAUAGAUGACCGAUCUGUGAUUAAUGAAGAACCAUCUAUGCAUGAAUCAUUAUUGGCUUCUGUCAAUGUUGAGAUUACUGAAGGCAGUGAAGAAAAUAAUAAUCCAGAGUUUAUAAAGCAGGAACUUAGUGGAAUCACAGAGGCACAAACAGCCCUAGAAACAUUAACUUUUUUUUAUGAAACUAACAAUAUAGACCCACAAUUUUUAAAGCACUUGCAUGGUUUAAAAGAGAUUGUGCAGAAAAUGACUAAAUAAUGAAAUAAAGUGAUUUACCCAAUCACAUGUGAUAUAGUGUACAGUGUUUUAAUAUAAAUGUUCAUUGGA